AUGAAUUCUUUACUGGGAAAGGUUUUACUGAGGUUGUCAAUAUACUAUGGUUAUACAUUAGCCGUUGCUUGGGUCUUCACCCAUAUCGAGCGCCAGGAUGAAUCAGUCCAUGACAGAAAGGAUAGGAUGUUGAAGGAUCUAAGAACAGACAUGCAGAAUAAAUACAACAUGACAGAAUAUGAGUUCAUGAAUUUUUCAAGAAGAGCCAAAGAAGUCUUUUCGGUUGGGGAUGAAAUAGACUGGACUUUUCCAAUCAGCUUUAUGUUCGUGGCAACAACUCUAUCGACAGUAGGUAAUUGUACAAAGAUAACCUUGAAUAAAUGUUCUGACUAAAAAAUGACAUGAUACGACUCUAUGAGCGAGGUCGGCUCAAAAAGAGAAUGGAGAGCUCGGAUUUCAAAUAGACCUCUUCAGUCUGCAGGAUUGUUUACCAAUAUCCGGUCUGAACAGUAUUCUCAACUUUACUUUUUGUUAAUUUUGUGUACAUGUGCAUGUGAACACGUUUUGUAAGAAAUAGUUUUCUUAGUUAUUAUCACAUGAAGUAAAAUGGGUAAACAAAACAUUCAAGCUACAAGUGUAAAGAGGUACGCCGGUCUAUUUCUAUAACCAUGUGGACUGCUGCAAAAUCAUGUCUAAGUUUAGAUCUUAUCGUGUCAGCAAGAAUAAGAAAAAUAUCGAAAAUAGGAUUAUAUCUUCGAUCAAGGAAGAAGGAGGAUAAACAGAGAAUUAGCAAAAAGCCAAGGCAUAACGUAAAAAUAAAACGAUUUAAAAACCAAACUAAAAACUAACAACGUACAAAUAUAAAGCUAACCCUGUUGAAGUCCUAAAUGUAAUAACUGUCCUAAAUGUAAUAAAGUCCUAAAUGUAAUAACAUUUGGUCCUAAAUGUAAUAAAGUCCUAAAUGUAAUAACAUUUAGUCCUAAAUGUAAUAAGCCUCCAAUGCAAUCGUUUGACUCCUACAGUGCAUUGUUGUCAUGGCGGACAUCCACAUUGAUUGUAAGUGACAGCUGUUACACCAAAAAAACCGCUGACCAGUUUACAUGUCACAUUGUGGGCUCACUGAUAUCAAUCAGCGUCUUUUUACUUGCUAGAAAUAUCAGCAGUCGAAGUAUGGUCCUUAAAGCGGUUUAUCGAUCGAGUUGAAGGAAAUCAUUUCCAGCCCAAAGUGGGCUAGUACUUGGCUGGAAGCUCAAUAGGAUGGAAUCGAUUGGUACGUAACCAUUAAGACUUUUUGGAAAAGAAAUUGACUACAAUUGAUGAUGAACUAGCAUGCUGUUGUUGAUGUUAUCGUUCGUGUUAAAGUCUUUAGUAGUGAUGCACCAUUUUAGAGCAGUUUGAAUGAUUUCGCUGUGUCACAUGUUAAUCCAAAAGAAAAUUUUUAUUAUCAGUAGCGUUAUUGAAAUUUUGCACAUCAAUGUUAUUCAGUGUCGAUUGAUUCUGAUGAAGCAUUUGAGUUCAUUUUUAAGAAUGACUAUCCUGAUUUAUUCAAUUUUGAACUUGGGGUAUUGCAUUUCCAGCCCUCUAUGGCUUUACUCCACCUCAGUAAUCAGUUCAUGUACCAUAUGACUAUUAGUGGAAACUGUUGAGCUUUCUUUUUUCAUUCAUCUAUUUAUCUAUUCAUUUUCUCCCCUCACGGCGGGGAGAAGAGGUGAAGACAACAAAUGAAAUAUAAACUUGAGAUCAACUGUAAAAUAUAUGUUUUCCUAAUAUUUCGGUUCGCGGAACUGAUGAACCCGUCAUAAGGGGCUAAAGGAAAAAAAAUGAAUGGUUCAUUAGACCGUCAACUGACCAUCAUGUGUUGAUUGGUGUAGCUCAAUGGUUCAAUUUGACUCUUGCGUGGAGGUAACAUGUCAAGACCUGUGAUCGUGAAAUGGGAUAGCAUAUGAUUGGUCAGUCGAUAUCUUGCUCUGCAAGUCACUUUAUCAAAUAGCUAGCAGCGCACGUGGGCAAGAUGAAGUGAAUCUUGUGUUCUGAUUGGCUACCUGAGCGGGCAUGAUGGGCCCACCCUCGCCCGCUCGGGAUACCCCGUAUUGAUCCCACACAAGAAAACUUACAAAGUUCGUAACUUUUGGACAAUGUUUGCAUAUACAUAGAAAAAAAUAAACGACCAUCUUGGGUUUAUUGUACUGUAAACACAGUUGGCUUUCACUAUUGGCUCUCGAAAUAAACAGGCCAUUCUUGAUUCUUAUCAAAGCGAAAUCUUUUGCUAUACAAUGAAUCCUUUAAUGAUUAAGCCAAGAGAAUAUAAACUCUCUUGACCAAGCUUGUAUGGUCAAGAUUACUGGAUAUUAGCCUCGUUCUUUUUCUACUUUUUUUUUAUGGACCGUGACCUCGUCUCCGUCCAUAAAAAAAAAAAAAAAAAAAAAAAGAACUCAGCCAAUAUAUAGCCAUUUUGACCUCACGCUUGGUCAAUAACGCAUAUGAAUAUAUUUUAUGCAGACCCCUACAAAUCUGUCAAGGGAAGACAGUACAAAGAAUGCCCUUCUGAGCCCAGAAUUUGUCUAACCUAUGAGUCGGUGGACUUCUUUUUCCUUGUAAUUCGGUUCAUCAAGUGUUAACUUCAGCACUGAUGACAGAAGUAUUUCUUCAAAAUCUGUUACACUUAAGAGUCUGAGCCAAUGAUAUAGAGAGAGCUAUAAUUGCUCCGUUCUCGUCCGUCAAUUUGAUGCCAAAAGCACAUCAGCAUCAGUAUAAGGUUUUGUAGCCAAUGCUUCUCAACCUACCUCUUUAACAAAUAAAAAGACGCUGAUUAAUAUCAGUGAGCCCGCAAUAUUCCAUAGAUAUUGGUCAGAGGAUUCUUUAGCGCAACAGCUGUCACUUUAACAUUUCAAUGUUAGCGCAGUUAAACGAUUGCAUAGGAGGCUUAUUACAUUUAGGACCGAACGUUAUUACAUUUAGGGCUUUAUUACAUUUAGGACCAAAUGUUAUUACAUUUAGGACUUUAUUACAUUUAGGACAGUUAUUACAUUUAGGACUUCAACAAACCCCAGGUAACAGUGAUGCGUGAUUCUCCUCGCUUUCUCUUUGAUAUUUCUCUAUUUAUUCAUUCAUUUAUAUUUUACAUUAUUCACUUAACUGUGGUUGCUUGAUUUUAUGUAGGAUAUGGAAAUAUAACACCUAAAACGCGUCUUGGGCAACUGAUAACCAUAAUAGUUUGUAUUCUUGGUAUUCCUUUGUGCAUGCUGACCUUUAAAACUACGGGAGAACUUGUUGCUUCUUGUCUUCGGUUCCUUGUUAUCAAAGCUGAAAAAGUUAUCCUAAAGAGAGAGGAAUCAAAACAUAUUAAGAAAAAAACGUUUCUUGCGACGUGUGUUUUGAUGUUAACACUCCUCGCAUUUGCGGCCACGUUAUCUACCUUCCAAGAGCAAUGGUGUUUCACAGAGGGUUUAUACGCCUGGUUCAUUACUUUCACAACAAUUGGUUUCGGAGACUAUGUACCAUUUCAGAAAAAAGUUCACCAAGAAAAAUAUUGGGAAAACAGCUUCAUUGUUGACACUAUCAUCGUUGGUUUACCUUUAAUUUUUGGACUGAGCAUCAUGUCCUGUCUCUUAAACUGUGUCGCCGACUCUCUG